CGGCGUCAGUUGAAUUCAAAAAGCCAAAGCGAUAACAGCUAAAGCGAAAGUAACCUAUCAACAAAAGAAGUUUAUUCUUUGAAGGAGAAUCAUCUUGAAGCAAUUAAAAAACAAAAAUGGCAAAUAUUCCAUUGUUGUUGAGCCUUGCCGACGAUUUGGGCCGAAUGUCGAUGGUGCCCUUCUAUGAGCCCUACUACUGCCAGCGCCAGAGGAAUCCCUACUUGGCCCUGGUUGGACCGAUGGAGCAGCAGCUGCGCCAGCUGGAGAAACAGGUGGGCGCCUCGUCGGGAUCGUCGGGAGCCGUGUCGAAAAUCGGAAAGGAUGGCUUCCAGGUCUGCAUGGAUGUGUCGCACUUCAAGCCCAGCGAACUGGUGGUCAAAGUGCAGGACAACUCCGUCCUGGUGGAGGGCAACCAUGAGGAGCGCGAAGAUGACCAUGGCUUCAUCACUCGUCACUUUGUCCGCCGCUAUGCUCUGCCACCCGGUUAUGAGGCUGAUAAGGUGGCCUCCACCUUGUCCUCCGAUGGUGUCCUGACCAUCAAGGUGCCCAAGCCACCGGCAAUCGAGGAUAAGGGCAACGAGCGCAUCGUUCAGAUCCAGCAGGUGGGACCCGCCCAUCUCAAUGUGAAGGAGAAUCCCAAGGAGGCGGUGGAGCAGGACAAUGGCAACGAUAAGUAGAGGACUCGUUCCGAGAGAUGCCCUGCAUUAUUUAACCAUUAUCAAAGUCAUACAUCUGUUUUAUAAGCUGUAGUUAUCCAAGGACACUUCACUCAUACACAAUAGCCAUUAAGGGUGUCCUGCUUUAAUCUUAGUUUGGAAUAUGUAUUACUAAAUUGGCGAAAUUAAUAUUACCCAUAAAAAUAAAUAACAAGUACACUUACUUAU